AUGGAUUCAUCACGUGCUGAUAAUACAGCAGCUGUUCCUCACAGGGACGUCUGGUUUCAUAUAAAGUAUUGGGGCUAUAUCCUUCCCAUUGCCUACAUUGCCUCCAUUCUGUAUGUGCUUGUUCCUCUCUCUGGUGUGUUUGUUACUGUGCAAGACUACAAUAUCGACGAAUGUGUCAAGAUGGAAGGUCCCAGCGACUUCAAGUACUGUGAGGACUUUGUCUUGUCCAAUGAGCCUGGUGUAGCCUAUGUCAGUUGUGAUCCUGUCAGAAUCCAGUACAACGAUAUCAUGGGCAUCGACAAGCUGACUCCCGGUGAAGCUGUUCCUGCUGGAGCCAUUUGGAAAGUGAAUUAUGCUGAAACACCUGCUUCCAUUGACAGAUUCAACAUGCAAAUCCAAAGCAACAUCUGGGCCAACUUCCAUCCCUUGGGCGUCGCUCUUGAUGUGCAUCCUGAGUCCAACGAAAAGACACUUGCCGCUAUUAAUAAGCCUCAUCAUGGCCAUCCCUCUGUCGAAUUCUUUCGCGUCGAUGAUGAUCAGAUCACUUUGAUUCACAAACACACUGUGCAGCACCCCAAAAUCUACUCUCCCAACGGCAUUCAUGUCGUCCAAGAUGUCAGAUUGAGGUCACAGGAUGGCAUCCCUUCCUUCUUCUUUUCCAAUGAUCACUACUUUGUGAAUCCCAUCUUGAGAAAGGUGGAAGACUACUUUUUCCAUUGGAGCAAUGUUGGCUUCUAUAACGCAGUGACAGGUCAGGUAGAAAAGGGUGUAGAGGGCUUGUACUUUGCUAACGGCGUGUCAGGCACGGAUCAUGCACUCUUCAUUUCCGAGACAAACAAACGCUCUGUCAGGCAAUACAGAAUCGUGACAACCUUGUCAAGCAACGGUAUCCCUCAUGUCCAGCUCGAUCAUGUUGCCGAGGCAAAGUUCAACAUGGCUGUUGACAAUCUCCACUAUCAGGCUGAAAAGGAGUUGCUGGUCGUUGGCGGCCAUCCCAAGCCAUUGGAGCUAAUCAAGUACAUUGCUGCUGCUGAUCCUUCAUCUACCACUAAGCCUCCCUCUCAAGUGGAUGUGUGGGACAUCAAGACUGGAGAGACCAAGACAUUGAUCCAAGACACUGGCUCCCUAUUUAGUACUUCUAGCUCGGGUGCUCUUGAUGUUGUAAACUCCAAAUUAGUUGUAUCUGGUCUUUACGAGCAUGGCCUACUGGUGUGCGACAUGUAA